AUGGCUGGGACAAAAGUCAAUACAAUACACAGUGCAAAACCAUUCGUAAAGAGUGAGAAAGGGAGAAUUGAAGACAGGAUCAGUUCGUUAUCCGACGAUUUGCUCGUUAGUAUAUUGUUGUUACUCCCUACGACAGAGGCCGUGUCUACGAUGAUUUUGUCAAAGCGAUGGCGGUCUAUCUGGACGAUGCUACCAGAACUGGAGUACAUAGAUAGUGACUAUAAACAAGUUCCUGGGAAAAAGAAAGAAAGCAUUUGGUUGUUUCUUGAUGAGUCAUUGCAACUCCAUAAGGCCCCUUUAUUACAAAGAUUAAUUAUAGAACUAGGUCCAGGAUGUCCCGUUGAUGUUGAUGCUGAUAUCAUAAAGUGGAUUGCUUAUUCAGUUGAGCUCAAGGUGAAACAGCUAUACUUCAAACUCAGCUGGUUGUCAGUGCCUAUCAUCUUGCCUGAGAGCCUUUACGUAUGUGAGACACUUGUUGGCCUUACAAUUUCCGACAAGAUUCUCUUGGAUGUUCCUUCCCCGGUGUGCCUCCCAGCCUUAAUAAAUCUUUUUCUUGACUCUGUAGUCUACAAAGACGAAGAUUCUCUUGUUAGGUUUUUAUCAGGUUGUCAUGCUCUUCAGAAUUUAAAUGUGGAACGACAUGACAAUGACACCCUGGAAAAUUUCAGGGUUAAAGUGCCUUCUCUAAAGACCUUAUGUUAUACUUACGUAAAACUAGAAACAAAAGGAAACAUGGGGGGAUCUUUGGUUAUAGAUGCUGAAACUUUAGGAGAAAUCUACCUGAAAGAUUAUUCGGGAAACUCUUGCUUGAUUGAGAACAAGCCUCGGCUUGACAGGGCAACUAUCACCGUUUUAUGUUAUCCUACUGACAACUUUAUGAAAUCUCUUUCCUCGGUCAAGAGUCUCGUCAUGCUUUUGAGCAUUGAAACGUUAGAUGGAGAUUUUCCACUCUCGUUCAUCCCACCAAGUUCUGUACCGGGAUGUUUGUCAACCCAUCUCGAGAUGUUUGAGUGGAAAGGAUACAGAGGACGAGAAGGAGAGAAAGAAGUUGUAAGUUACAUAUUUGCCAACUCCAAGUAUUUAAAAAGAGCUGCAAUCAGCAUAGAACCUUGCAGUCUUGAAAAUAAAAAGAAGAUGAUCAAAGAGUUGAAAUCUGUGUCAAGGGUUUCACCAUUAUCUCGGCUUCUCUUUUCUCCACUCAAGUGGAUUCCGCGGCAUAGUACUUAUUGA